GAGGAUGGUCUAACAGUGAGAAAAAGAUUACAGAGCGCGAGUAUAAAUAACUAAAUAAGCUUGUCUGAAAGAGAAUUUUCUCUUGAGCACGGUCAGUGGGAGAAACAGAGAAAAAUCGAUGGAAAUGGUGGAAGGAGAAAGGAGCAAUAGAAGCGAGGGACGCAACAAGUACACUCUACAACCCUCACGAAUAAACAACGAAGACAUACUAUUAUGUGUCGAUAUUGAUCCUCAAUCUAUGGCUGAAAUGAAGGGUGCUACUGGACCUAAUGGAAGACCCCUCGCACGUUUAGAUGCCAUUAAACAAGCUAUCAUUCUCUUUGUUAACGCCAAACUCACCAUCAAUCCUCAACAUCGUUUUGCUUUUGCUACUCUCUCUAAUUCUGUUACAUGGCUGAGGAAAGAGUUUAGCAGUGAAAUUGAAUCAACAAUUGCAGCAAUGCGAGGGCUUACGGCUACUACAUCUAGCAGUCAACCAGACCUUACUUCUUUGUUUCGACUUGCUGCUCAUGAAUCUAGAAAAUCUCGUAUGCAGGGUCGCAUUUUAAGAGUGAUUUUAUUCUACUGCAGAUCAAAUGUGCGCCCGCAACAUCAGUGGCCUGUGAACCAAAAGCUCUUCACUUUGGAUGUCAUGUACCUUCAUGACAAACCAGGACCUGACAAUUGCCCGCAGGAGGUCUAUGAUACACUGGUGGAAGCUCUUGAACAUGUUACCGAAUACGAGGGUUAUAUCUUGGAGAGUGGACAAGGGUUAGCAAGGGUUCUUUUCCGUCAUGUGUUAAUUCUUUUGUCGCAUCCUCAGCAGCGCUGUGUCCAAGAGUACAUUGACAUACCUAAAUCACUUGCGAAGAAGGCUCCUCAGGUGGAGCCAAUGGCUAUUGAAGAUAACUCUCCAGUUCCAGUAUCUAGCCAGUGAGAAUGGCAGUGUUUAAUUGUUCUCCUAUAUCAUCUAGGUUACUGGUUUUAAUGUGUUUGGUUUCUAGAAUUGCACCAGGAUUUUGAGUUAGCAAUAUCUGACUUGUGAGUCCUGGUAGUUUUCUGUAAAUGAUGUGUAACUUGAUUUUUUAUGUGAAAUAAUUUGUAUGGAUUGCCAAUUUGUCAGUUAACUGGUGUUUUUAUCCGAAGUUGUUUUCCA